AUGAAUGAAACUUAUAUAAUAAUAAUCAUAGCGGUUAUAUUAAAUGUAAAUGCUUUAGAACUAGUUGAGUUAGUGGAUGAAUCGUUACAAACAGGAGAAGCUGAAAUGAGUGAGUUAGACGUAAGACAUACAGGUAGCGAAGAGGAGAUCAAAACAUUCUUAGAAGAGAGAUAUAAAUUUAGAAAUGAUAAUACGUCAACAAGGUAUAGAAUACAAUUUGGGGAAAGAUUAGAUCCAAAAUCAGAUAGUGAUCGUCACUUGGCAUGGGCUUUUCGGACAUAUGCCGUGCGCCGAAUUGUGGGGGGCAUGGAGACUAGCAUAUGCAUGUAUCCAUACAACGUUGCGAUAUCCAGGAAUGGAAAGCAUUGGUGUGGAGGCUCUAUAAUUGAUGAGCAGUGGGUGCUGACAGCAGGUCAUUGUUUGGAAUCUAUUCAUGAUGACGAUAAGAAGAAAUUGACACAGUUCAUUGUAAGAGCUGGUAGUUCGUUUCACAAUCGUGGCGGGUAUCAGGCCAGAAUCAAUAAGGUAUUCUUUCAUAAUGAAUUUGCCCCUGGCGCUGCAGACUUUGACUACAGCCUGAUUCGCCUUGACAGGCCCAUGCCGAUUGGUAGAAAUAUAGCUGUUUUAAAUCUACCCUCACAGGAUUAUGAUAUCAAACCCGAAGAUAUUCUUAUUGUUACCGGCUGGGGGAGCACUGACGAAUCUGGUUACGGCCAUAUCCCGGAUCGGCUCCGUUUUGUCCCCGUGCCGGUGAUGCAAGUAGAGACUUGUCAGAAGGCUUAUAACUUCUACAUCACACCAAGGAUGAUAUGUGCUGGGUAUGCAACAGGGGGCAAAGAUGCUUGUAAUCACGACUCAGGUGGGCCAGCAGUGCGUGACGGCGUACUUCUGGGGAUUGUGUCUUUCGGUGGUAAACAGUGCGGCGACCCUCGCUCACCUGGUGUAUACAGCCGAGUGACAGAAAUAACGAACUGGGUGGAAAAAACCAUAUCGUCGAACGAGGCGUCCAGUGUUCCUGAAUUAAAGGCGAAGAUUGAGAAGGCCAGGCAAAGAGAGAAGGAAUUGCAGAAAUUCAAAGCACGCGUGGAGGACAAGAAAAAUAAAAUCAAGAAUUGGUUACGCGAAACAUUACACUCGCCAAGCUUUCUAGAAUUAGCCAAGAAGAAGCUACAAGAAGCUGGAUUCAACAUUCGAAAGAGUUUCAGAAGAAACCUAAUGGAUGAUAACACGCUGGAUGAAGUUAAUUUCGAGAAUUUAAUACAUGAUAGGAUACUUGAGAGUGACUCCAAAAAUGAAGCAGAGGUUUUUCUGAGUACGUUGGCACUGAAGGAGGUAAUUAACGAUGGACAGGAUUGGAAUAGUGAGAAGGUGAUUGAGGCGCUGGUGAUAAAAUAA